AUGACAAUCACAUUGGACGACGUGGCGACUCUUCUUCAUAUCUCACCUCAUGGUAAAUUUUUUGAUGCACCUAUAAAUGUGAAUACUAAUAAUGCUGCCAGAGCUGCCUAUGAGUACUUAGGUGUAGCAUGGGAGGAAGCACUAGCAGAGAUUUAUUAUAAUAAAUAUGCUCAAUAUAGACUGCAAUGGUUACGUGAUUUAUAUAGUCGUCUCAUUCAGACUAACCAGUUUGAGUGUGCGGCUAGAACGUACCUGUUGCAUUUAGUUGGCUGCACUAUUUUCGCUGAUAAAACUUAUACACGUGUGGAGGAGAAAUAUGUUAGUUUGUUUAUUGAGUUAGAUAGUUUUCGAGAUUAUUCGUGGGCUACUGCGACAUUGGUUUUCUUGUAUGACAAUCUUAAGAGAUGGAGCUGUCCACGACACUCGACAUUUGGGAGGUUACAUGACCCUAUUAUAGGUAUAUAUGUAUGCCUUUAUUUAUGGUGUAGUGCUGGAUUUACGAGCACUUCCCUAGCAUCUGUAAGCGGGGGGGAUAGAGAAGCGGUUCCUGCACAUCCUCCAAGAGCAUGUAGGUGGAAUGCGAAACAUGCUGUUGAAGGCGAAUUGAUGACAUAUCGUCAGAGACUUGAUGCUUUGUCUCACGAGGAUGUAUUGUUUACACCAUAUGCUGAUGAUCAAGAUAAUCAUCUGUUUGUCAAGAUUUCGAUGUUCUCCGAAUACCUUCGAUUUGGUGGAGUCUCAGUCUCGUAUCUGCCAGAGCGAUGUCUUCGAUAG